AUGGACGGCCAAUGGGACAUCAUCGUUUCGUCCCUGCAGAAGCUGUGCGCCAGCCAUGAGGCGCUGCCGCUCGACGGCGACGGCGGCACCAAACGCGUGCAGCUCCGCAACAUGACCGCAGAGCAGCUCCAGCUCCAGCUGCUACACUACCAGGAGCACCGCGACGCCGUGGGCGGCGCGCGGCGGCUCGUCGCAGCCAUGCAGGCCGCCGUGGACGCGCUGCUGGGCGACGGCGGCCCGGCGCCGCCGGACCCGGGGCCCGCUGGCCGCUCCUACUGGACCAGCAGCUUCAACCCGAACGACCCCAUCUACGUGGGCUCCGAGGUCGCGUACAAGCCCCGCCGCACCGGCGCGGAGGGCGAGUGGUUCCAGUGCCAGGUCAUCAAGGUUUCUGCCGACGGCACGCGCUUCGAGGUCCGCGAUCCCGAGCCCGACGAGUUUGGCCAGCCCGGCGGCACCUUCAAGUGCAACUGGAAAGAGUUGCUGCUGAUCCCGCCGCGCACCACGCCGCGUCAGCUGACCCCGCACUACCCCAGCGGCACCAAGGUCCUGGCCCGCUACCCGGAGACUACCACGUUCUACCCUGCCAUGGUCAUCGGCAACAAGCGCGACGGCACCUGCCGCCUCCGCUUCGACGGCGAGGAAGAGGCCGACAAGGAGACCGAGGUGGACCGCCGCUACGUGCUCCCGUUCCCCGCACGCCGCUCCUAG